CUAAAUGAUUCAGGGCACAAAAAUUACAUACAAAGCAGGCCAGAAGAGAACGAAACGAAUUCCGGGAACUUAUUGUCAGCGUUGAAAGAAGGUAGCACUAGAAUCACUCGUAUGACUUAUCGUCGAUUAAGGCACGACGUUGGAGAUGUUUUCCAGAUAGUGAUACGCGAAGACUCGGCGGAACGUCAGGGAAAAGGCAAUCUAAAUUAUGACGAGCGCUACAGUGCCUGCCUAUCCAUAGAGUUUGAUGAGAUCUCAGCAGCACAGAUCCUCGUGGCCACGUGCUCUAUGUUGCGGAUCCGCGGACCCGCUGCGGCAGUCAGCUGCAGUAGGACCAAUGAGAGACGCACAUUUUCUAAUCACAUCCCUGUCGGUCGGAUCACGCCUCUCGUUCUCGCUUUUGCCGCCCUUGCUUCUGCUCACCCCGGCCACGAGCGCGAGGAUGCCCUGAAAGCACUCGCCCAACGCGACACAUACCACGCUAACAAGCGUGCCCUUGAGGCGUGUAGCACAAAAUUGGAGGCUCUUCAUCAACGUGCUAUCGAGCGUCGCCUGGCAGACUUCAACCAGGAGCGUAUUGCCCGCCGUAUCGCUGUCAACAGUCCAUACCACCAGGAGAAUGUUAUCAAGCGCGACACCACUUCCAUCUUAUUGAAGGACCAUUACAACAGCGCCAUCAAUGCGACGGAGGCUGCCGCAGAUCCCUCGACCAUCUUUACUUCCGGAGGCUCUACCGUGCUCAACCCAGAGGGCGAGAUUGGACCUUUUUACGUCCUUGGCGAGUACGUCCGCUCGGACAUUCGUAACACUGAGCCUGGUGUCGACGUCGUCCUCGAGGCCCAGUUAAUUGACGUCUCCACCUGUGAGCCUCUCACCAAUGCCUACUUCGACAUCUGGAGCGCAAACUCCACUGGGGUCUACUCCGGUGUCCAGACCAAUAUGAACGGCAACGGCGCCGAUGCCACCAAUUUGAACAACACGGCACUGCGUGGUAUCCAAAAGUCCGACGAGGAGGGAGUUGUCAAGUUCACAACCAAGUUCCCUGGUCACUACGCGGGUCGCGCGACUCACUUGCACGUCGUUGUCCAUGAGGACGCCACACAGGCUGAGAAUGGUACCAUCAUCGGUGGAACAGCUUCCCACAUCGGUCAGUUCUUCUGGGACCAGAAGCUAAUCAAUUCCGUCGAAGCCACAACUCCAUACAGCACCAACACCCAGCGCCUGACCAAAAACGCCGCGGACCGUGUCUUCGGCCAGCAGGAGACCGCCAAAUCUACGUCCGACCCUGUUUUUAACUACGUGUACUUUGGUGAUAAUAUCGAGUCUGGUAUCUUCUCUUGGCUCUACGUUGGUGUCAAUCCCUCAGCCAAGUAUACCCCGACAUAUUCCUACAAACUCACUGACCACGGUGGUGAGGCGACAGGAGGUGGUGGUUUCCCAGGUGGCCCGGGAGGACCUCCGGCUAAUAAUGUUGAGAUUACGAGAUUUUAG